AUAUGUGUUCAUUUCAGAUCAGCAAAAGGUUAGUAUGAACUUUAUAAAUCUUUAACUUUGUAAUAUUUUGUAGUUUUGUAAAGUAACUGAGCAUACACUUUGGUUGACAGGGUUUGGUAGCUGUUUUCGAGGAGAUGUCAGAAAGAAUUGAGCAUAGACUUUGUUUAAGGCAUCUUUAUGCAAACUUCAAGAAGAAGUUUGGAGGAGGUGCAUUGAUUAGAGACAUCAUGAUGGGAGCAGCCAAGGCUACUUACCAACAAGGAUGGCAGCAAAAGAUGAAUGAACUUAAGGGAGUAGAUCCAAAGGCUUGGGCAUGGUUAAUGGGAGUGCCUACAAAUAGUUGGUGUAAGCAUGCUUUUAGUUUUUACUCUAAGUGUGAUGUACUAAUGAAUAACAUUGCUGAGUCUUUCAAUGCAACCAUCUUAGUAGCUAGAGACAAACCCAUUCUAACCAUGUGUGAAUGGAUUAGAAAAUACUUGAUGAAUAGGUGUAGUAACUCUGCAUUGAAACUUGAGAAAUGGCCACACACUAUCAUGCCAAUACCUAGGAAAAGAUUGGACACUGAAGUGGCUAUGAGUGGGCAUUGGUUACCUACUUGGGCCAUGGAUGAAAAAUUUCAAGUCACACACUCCUAUAACAAACAACAGUUUAUUGUAGAUAUUACUAGAAAGUCCUGUACUUGUAACUUCUGGGAGUUAGUGGGCAUACCAUGUAGGCAUGCAGUUGCAGCACUAAGCUUUAGACAACAAAAUCCAAAACUGUUUGUUGAUGAAUGCUACUCUAGGGAUAAAUAUGCACUAUGUUAUGGUUUUGCUGUGAGCCCUAUCAAUGGUCAGGAAAUGUGGCCUGAGGUUGAGACUGAGGAUCUUUUACCCCCCAACUACAAGAAAGGUCCAGGCAGACCUAGGAAACUGAGGAUUAGAGAAACAGGUGAGGAAGGGGCUAGAAGAAGAUUGCCUGGUGUAGCAUAUAGAUGCACUAAAUGUGAUAAGGUUGGGCACAAUGUGAAAUCAUGCAAGAGCAAGGAACAACAUCCUAAUGCUCUGAAGAGAAAGAAGAAGCUUAGGUCUGGUGUAAGUGCAGGUGAAACAAGUGCCCCUGUUGAUGGACCAAGUCAAACUGAGGCAAAAUCUGGUAUAAGUGCAGCUGAAACAGGUACCCUUGAUGAUGUCCCAAGUCAAACUGAACUUGCAACACAGACUGCCCCAAGUCAUUCUGAACCUGGUGUAAGUGCAGCUGAAACAGGUGCCCUUGAUGGUGUCCCAAGUCAAUCUGAACUUGCAACACAGACUGCCUCUACUGCUGAUGUAUUUGGAGACAUCACUGAUGAGAUGCUUGCAAGUAUACCAGACAUCAGUCAAGAUGUCCAAACAAGCUCUGCCAAAAGUGUACCAAGCAAAAUCAGCAAGGGCAAACAGAAAGUCAAGCAGGAAUCCAUCCCAAAGAGAAAGAGGCAAAAGGAUCAACCAAUAACUUUAAGUGAAGAAGAAGAUUGCAAUGAAGCUCAAGGUGCAAGAAAGGUUGCUAAGAAGGCUAAGAAGAAGUCUGUCAAUGAUCUCUAG